CGUGCCGCACGCGUUCACACGCUUUCUAUUUGCAAUUUAGAGCUGCAAGAGAGCAGCAGAUCGCGCGAGAGAUUUCAUGGAGCACACUCAAUGAGAGGACACAGCCACUACUUCAACUGCAUGUGCAAAUUUUGAGUUACAGUCUACAACACAGGAAGACGAGAAAAUCAUGUCUCAGUCUACCUUACGAAUAGACCCUAAAUGGGAAACUCAUUUGAGGCCCCAGUACAUGAAGGUGGCCGUGCUCUUAGCUCCAAGUCGGCAUCACCUUGCUUCUAGACUGUAUAGCAAACAUCUUCUCACUGCAUCGGAGGAGGAAGAGUUCAACAAAUUAUCUAAGUCCAAGUCAGAAGAAGAAGUGGCGAAGGAAAUUUUGUGUGUGCUGCGCAAGCAAAGCGUCGGAUCGUUUGAGAAAUUUUGUGAAGUUGUCAGUGAUGUUGGAGAUCCUACUCUAGAUGAUGUGGUCAAGCGACUUCGUCAAGACAGCAUUGAGAGAUCUUUACCUUCACAUUCUGUAUCUUAUGUGUGUGAAGAGUCUGUAUCUCUAUCAUCUGAGUCGACAUCUAAUCCUUGGCCUUCAAUUCGUAGAAACUUCACUUUCCUGUCUGAACGUUUGCCUAUGAGUCCUUUCUUUAUUGGUUGUCUUUAUGAAAAGGAAUUGUUGUCAGAAGAUGAAUUUAAGAUGUUGACUGACGACCACAUUGUUCGUGAGCAGAAAAUUCGUUUUCUUUUAGUUGACAUUUUACCCAGAAAGCCGUUUGUCAUGUUUACAUCAUUUUGUGAGAUUCUUGACUGUGUGGGUCAGUCACAUAUUGCAGACAGAUUACUAGAGAAUCCUCUGGAAGUGAAGCUCGUUCCAGAAGUGAGUGUGAGACGAUCAGAAAUUGCGAAUUUGCAGAAAGAAGUCGAGCUGCUGUUGGUUCAAGUGGCAGAUUUGGACAGAGAAAAGAGAGCAGCAGUUGAAGUGGAGAGACAACGAGCUGAUGAGGCUGAAGCAAAAGCGACUAAAGCUGAGAGUGAGAGGAAGAAAGAAGAAGUGAUGAGGAAAGGAGAGCAGCUCACCAAUUUGGCAAUGAGAUUGAAGUUUCUUCCAUUAGAUGAGAUCAAUGACAGUCUGUCAUCAUGGACACAGUGGAAUGUACACAUGCCUCAUGACAGUUUGGAAUAUAAUGGAAUGGGAGAGAUUGAAGGCAGACUAGUGGUAGGAGGUGAUGAUGGUAAUCUGCAUGUUUUCACUUAUGAACAUGAUAAGUGGGACAGGUUUGUCAGAAAGAAUGGUGACAUCUGGAAUGUAGUGUGUCAUCAAGGUGUGUGUCUGGUGUGUGUGGAGGAUGAAGAUAAAGAUCAGUUUGUGAUUGAACAAUUUUAUUUGAAUGAAGACAAGAAAUGGCGUUUCCUCACAGUUCUACCAAACGAACUGCAGUUGGAAGCUGUAUCUGUUGCUCUUCAUGACAACUCACUGUAUGUGGUGGGUGGUAGGAGUAAGUCAGGGGAGAGAGUGAACACAGCACGUGUGUGUGACCUUCACAGCGGUCAUUGGUAUAAGAUGGAUGACAUGCAAACAAAACGUCGUUCCUGUUCUUCUGUUAUUAUAAACAACACAGUGUUUGUAGGGGAAGGAGAGACUGAUGAACAUUACUGUAGUAAUAUUGUUGAGUGUGCAGAUGUUCGUGAUAGAAAAUGGAGAACAAUCCCCUCUACAACCACAUAUUGGCCUACACUAACGUCAGUCAGUAACAGACUGGUGGUGAUUGGAGGAAUGACACAACAGAUGUUUGGUUCUCCUUCUAAUAUUGUAGAAUUAUAUGAUGAGAGAUCUACCAAAUGGCUUCCUCUUCCACUCAUGACACACAAACGGUGGUUACAUGCUGCAUUCUCAACUCAGAAUGGAGAACUCAUCACAGCAGGAGGGGAGGGUGGUGAACAUUCAAUAGAAAGUCUUAAGUGUGACUAAUAUUUGCAUUUUCUUUCAAUUUGUGUGUAUUUGUUAUAUUAUAAUCUCUAGUGAUUGUAUAAAUGACAAUUUAUUGUAACAUUUAGUGUGUGUAACAUAAACUAGAUCCUGAACGUUGUUUUCUUAAUUAGUAGUCACGUGAUUUGCAUUUUGAACGAGAAGUCGUAAAGUGGAAAAAGGAAUGCAAGCGUUUGAACAUU